AUGUCAACAGCUACACAUCAAACUCAAUCAUCAAAUAUAAAUCGAUAUCCUGAACUAAAACUAUCGUGGUCUGGUGAUUAUGAAUCGCUGAAAUUGUUUGUUGAUAGCGAACUAAAUUUCGAAGGAACUUGGUCAUCGAUCGGUGGGGAGAAAAAGUUGUUUAAAAGCAAAAACGUUGAUAUCCAUUGGUGGGCUAAAAAGAAGUUUCUUAGGAUAGAGGGAAAACAGGCAAGUGAAGUUAAACGUUCAAUUCUGAUGUUGAUUUUGCAUGACAUUGGUUCUGACGACCAUAAUAUUCGCUCGUCUCAUAACAUGUGUAAAUGCCCUGAAGUCAGUUCUGAUAUCGAAGGCGUUAAAUUGGAUGUCAUUAUCUUGGAAUCAACAGUGAAACAACAGGCAAAUACGCUUGUUAGUUUGCAGGAUGUGAUUACACCUACUUGCUUGUAUUUCUCGGACGAACCUGAGCAGAAUAAUACGGACAAUAUAAUCGAAAAGCAGAAUAAUACGGACAGUAUAGUCGAAACCUUAGUAGGAAAGUAUUUGCCUAGUCAUUCCAAGUCAAAUGUUAAGAAUUGUUCAUAUAAUACACCAAUUUUAAAGAACCCAUGUCAUGAUCUGCACCACAAUCCACAAGGCAUUCAGGAUCAAUUAAAUACUAGCCAAAGAAUUGAGAAGGAAUGUGUGGAGAUUUGUCAAUCUAAUACUAACAAAAGAUACUUCCACUACCAUGGCCAACAUAAUGAAUGUAGUCCCCAUUGUCUAGAUCUCACAGUAAUUAAUCCCAGUAAUAGUGGAAUUAUUACAGAUGAUACAACUCCCAUGAAUAAUUAUCAAUCUAUUCCAACCCGCAUCACCCAGCGAAAACCAUCUAGGAAACAUAAUAAACGUAACAAAAAUUCGGGAAAGGAUUUUCGUGCACGUACAAUGUUGAGAGACAAAAUGAACUUUUACAAAUAUUAUUAUUAG